AUGUCGCUGAGUAUUCUGCUGUCGUCGUUCCCGCCGGGAGUCGAGGAGCAUGCUGUGAUCCAGCAGACGGGUCUGCCUAUUUUGGAGACUAUAGCGUCGAAAUCGCCUCAGAUUUUCCUCGAGGCCGAUGAUACGCUCGUUCAUAAGUUCAAUGUUAAGAUUUCGGGUCUGUUGAAAAGCAAAUCACCUGUUUGUAGAUGGUUUGGUGCGUAUCUGGCUAAGAUGUCGGUGGACGCUUCACCUCUGAUUCUCAAGUCACACGGUGCUACAUGGGCCAAUAUUCUCAUUCAUAUUCUGGAACUUCCAGAGCCUCCAGUCACUACCCAGAUCGCGGUACAGGCUCUGUCGUCUAUUUUUGCGAAUACAGUGGGCAAAUCAGAACUGACUCGUGAGAUUACUACUCCUAGACUGCCUGCAUACUUGAAACUGCUGCUGAAUAAACUCAAGGACAUUGUCAAAGGAUUCACUUCUGGCUCGUCAAAUGCAUCUGCUAAUCAGACUACUGUCCUAAUUCCAACACUAGUAAAGGCAUUGACUCGCGUUCUUCGUCAACAGUCGACGUCGUUCCGUCCAUUCUCAGGUGGAUUUCAUACAUGUCUGGUAGACCUGCUCAACCAGUCUAUCAGUAGUCCAGCCAGUAUUCCGGAUGAAUUGUUACAGGAUAUUUGUACUGCGUAUGUGUGUCUUCAUAUGUCGGCUACCAAAGGAACUGAAGCUGAAGAAUGGCGGUCCGCUUGUAUUGCCGUUAUUAACGAGAUUCAUAUCACUGCGGACCAGCUGGCUAUCAAAUAUGUUCGUGAAGAUAAUGCCAAUUCCAGCAGUAAUAACAACUAUAAUCGUCAUCCAGUACUUAAUUUACAACCAGCUGGAUUUAAUACCAGUGCCAGUGCCUCGCCAGAAUCAGUAUCUCCUCUGGCAUAUGUCAAACACUUUGAAGUGCUCUUCUGUCUAUUAACCUCUUUCUUCACUACACCUACUAAAAUAUCGGUCAAGAUGCCUUUAGGAGCCAUUGAAGACCUGACAGACCGUCUUUAUUCUAUUUCCCGCUACACAACAAAACAACCUGUUCUCGACAAAACUCUCUACUCCAUUUUUCUGUCAGUAAUGGACAAAGUGCAUGUGUUAGUGACUGCUCUCAACAUAACACUGCUGCCUGUUGUUGGCAACAGCGUGCUUGAACAUUUUGACAUGCUACUUCAUCACAUUUCAGCUCUGUGUGAUGGAGCUGACCAGACAGUCCAGUUGGUUCUUCUCCAGUUUGUAUCGAAACUGCUUGUACAAGUUUCAGUGGUCCCCAAGUCGUACACCCAGACCGUUUCACGACUAAUACAUCCUAUCUCAACCAGUCUAGUUACAGACCGAACCACUUCUGACCCUCGAUUCCAGCAGCUGUCUGACUUUAUCUCCAACAGCAAAGCAUUCCAGAACCCUGUUCCUUCAUACGUCAACAACGUCGUCAGCGAGUUCUUCACUGCUGUUCUCAAAACAAUGCCUGACCUACCAUUAAACAUCAGAGCGGAAAUCGACCGUUACUUCAUAUUCUCGAGCAACCAGUCCGGUCUGAAUACCAGUGCUCUGUACCCAGGAAACCUCGCUCGCUACAGCGUCGCACCCAUGGCCGCCAGACUCGACAGCGGACUGGGUCUAGCAUCGUCGCUAAUCCACCCACGACUGCCACCCCUCGCUGUAUCCACCCAAAACCUCACGAAAACUGCCUCUAUCGACCCUUCAGCUACCAAUGGCAUCGCAUCUCAACCAGAAAACACCCACGAAGACGACCUCUACCAUUCACAUACUUCCAUCACCACCACCACAACUGAAUAUCAAGCACAGCUGUCAUCGCACCCCUCUCAAACCAUGGAAAUCGACGAACUCCCUGCACCUGUAGAACCGACUCCUGCUUCCAUCGCUCGCAAAGAACUGCCACCUCCUCUCGUCACAAACCGACCGUCUGAACCCAUUGUCGCACCCCCCACCCCAGCAUCGCAACCGGCACCAAACCAGCCCGUUCAACAGCUGGUGGACGACGUGGUACCCCUACCAGCACCCACUGUCGCACCCACGUACGCCCCAGACUCGGACUCAGACGACGACGUCGAGAUCCCCAUCAUCAUCGACGCCGACAGCGACAGCGACGAGGACAUGUAA